AUGUCGGUGAUCCGAACCUGUGCUGUGUCCAAUUUGGUGCUGCUUGCCACUGCCUUUGAUAUCAACGGCUUAGCCCUCUGCAACUUUGCAACGGUAUUAAGGCAGGCAAUUUUUGCAAAGUUUGAACAAGUCAUCCGAUUUCACAUCCACCUUGGUUGUCGGUCCAAUAUCCUCGUAACUUACGACUCAUCGCAGAUCUCGCAGUGCUACCCUUCACAGUCGUUAUCUUGUGGCUGGCCAACGCUGCUGUGGCACUCAAUCCAUUUAUUCUUGAUUUUAAAAUUGUGCUACAGCAAGUUGUCCGCGAAUAGCCAGGAAAAGGGCUCCUCGCCUCAAAAACAGGUGUAG